UGGAAGUUUCUAGGAACAGUACAUUGAUCAAACGUCGUUGUGAUGCUUUUAUUUGAUAGAAAUUGUAGGGUUGUUGUGAUUCGUGAAUUGUAAUUCUGAAUGGUUAUAAAAAUGUCUUUGCCUGCCAAAUUUGUAAAUACGGUGUUCUUAUAAGUAAAAGUACUAGUGAAACCAAUUUAAAACAAUUAGGUGGUAAUAUUUAUUGAAUAUUUAGUGUAUGAACUAUAAUCUUCAUAAAUAUGUGUAUAAACCAAAGUGGUUGAUGAAUUGUUAAAAUAAUAGAAGAAAACUUGUGAAUUUAGUAAUGUAAAUUUUGGAAUCAAAAUGGCUGAUUCUUAUUAUCAGGGAGACUACAUCAGACAUCCAGUAAUAUAUGAAUUAUCUCAUAAAUAUGGUUUGCCAACUGAAAACCUUAUUGAAUCACAACUACCAAGUAAGCUUGAAGAGUUGAAAGAAAUUAUAAGGCGUGAAAUUAGAAAAGAAUUGAAGAUAAAGGAAGGUGCGGAGAAAUUGAGAGGAGUUUCUACGGAUCGCAAGUCUCUUAGUCAUGUUGCCACAAUUGUCAAAAAUUCUAAUUUUAAAUUGACUGAACUGAAAAAUGAGCUCAGCGAACUUGAAUCGCAAAUUAUUCUGUCCCAGGGACAAAGUACACCUUCAUUAGUAACUUCCAAUGGAGAUUCGCUGAGUUUUUCUUCUUUGGCAAAUCACAAUAUGGAUAAAUGCAACGCAAACCUAUUUAGUCGCAUAGAAAACCUUGAAAAACAAUUAAACAUAGAAUUAAAAGUAAAACAGGGAGCUGAAAAUAUGAUCCAAAGCAUCACAGGUAGAGACAAAAAAUUAUUAUGGGAAGCUCAGCAAAUGUUGCAAGAUUCAAAGAAGAAGAUAGAAUAUCUGAAAAUGAAGAUAACAAAGUUAAAACAUGAUAUAGACUCCAAGUCGCGUGGUUCAAUACAGGAUUUAACAGAUAAUGGUGAUUUAUCUCAUGGUGAAUUGGAACCAUUAUUAGAUGAUAGAAUAGAAGCUUUAAAACAUAGAUUGCGAGUAGAGGCCGCUGUAGUGGAAGGUGCCAAAAAUGUGAUCAAAUUAUUACAAAACAAUAAUAAAGAUAAAAAUGAAAAAAGGGCGCUUCUUGAGGCACAAGAAAGCUUAAGAGCUAGCAGUAUGAAACUUGACCUUUUGAAAAAAUCGUUAGAGAUGCGAAAAUCUGAAUUACCGGAAGAUUCCCCAGUGGCAUUACAUUUAAAAGAAGAACUUGCAAAUGCUCAAUCUUGCAGUCCAAUGACGAUGCACUACACCAGCUUACAACCGUUUAGAGUAGGAUCUGAUGCCAACAGACAUCUUGCCUCAACUUCAAUGCUCAACAGAUGUGCUGCUGUAACAGGCACAUUGGAAGUGCGAUUGAUGGGAUGCCAAGAUUUGCUGGAAGAAGUUCCUGGUCGACCAAAGAAAGAAUCCGACGGUAGUUCGAGUCCCAUGGAUUUCAGUUUUUUCAAAAAAACAAAAAGUUACAGUGUGAAGGAAGAAGUAAGUGAUGAUAUUAUGGCCAUUUUAAAACUUGACAACACUACAGUAGGGCAAACGAGUUGGAGGCCGUGCUCGCAGCAGGCAUGGGAUCAGAGGUUUUCCAUUGAAUUGGAUAAAUCUCGGGAAUUGGAAAUCGGAAUUUAUUGGAGAGAUUAUAGAUCGUUAUGUGCAGUAAAAUUUUUGAAACUUGAAGAUUUUAUAGAUGACGAGAGGCAUGGAAUGGCAUUACAUUUGGAACCACAGGGAUUACUUUUUGCAGAGAUAAAGUUUUUGAAUCCAAUGAUAUCGAAAAGACCAAAACUGCAAAGACAAAAAAGAAUUUUCAAACAAGUAAUGCCUCGAGCUAAGCAAAUGAACAUUAACAUAGUAACAUGGGGGAGAUGGAUGAAACAAUCAUCAAGGAUGCCCAGUCGACAGAAUCUUGUAUUGAGUUCAACUGAAAAUGUGGCCGAUGAUACAGUAGUGGAAGAUAAACCUGAAACACCCGGAGAAGCUCCCGAUCCACAAGCUGCCGGUUUGGGUGGUCAGAGACCUCUUGGAUUACACAUUGAUUUGCCUCCACCUUCAGAACCAAUGUCUCCUCCUUCACCAUCUAUGCCGCCUCCAGUUGCAAAGAAAAGAAUGUCUGUUACACCGCCCCCCGUUCCUCCCAGACUUGAUCCUGAAAGUGUUGCAGCAUUAAAAGAAUUCGACUUUUUGGAGGAACAGGAGAUUUCUCGACCUGGACCUCUUAUUAUUCCUUCGAUACCAACCACGCCUAUAAUAUCCCCGGAUCAUUUGGUAAACCCUAGUCCUCAGCCUGUUAUAGAAUUUCCAGAUGAUGAGCCUGUUUAUGAUGUUGCCAAUAUAGUUCGUAGACCUGCAGCCAGAGAAUUGAAUUAUAGAGACAGUGCAUAUGAAUCCAAGAGACAUUCUCAAUCCACUGGUUUGAAUAUUGAUAAUUUCAGAUUAAUCAGCGUUUUAGGUAGAGGUCACUUCGGUAAAGUCAUUCUGUCACAAUAUAGAAACACAGGUGAAUAUUUUGCUAUAAAAGCUUUGAAAAAAGGUGAUAUUAUAGCUAGGGACGAAGUAGAAUCAUUACUAUCGGAAAAGAGAAUUUUUGAAGUAGCCAAUUGUAUAAGACAUCCCUUUUUGGUAAAUCUAUUCGCUUGUUUCCAAACCGAUGCCCACGUGUGCUUUGUAAUGGAAUAUGCAGCUGGUGGUGAUUUGAUGAUGCACAUUCAUGCUGACGUUUUCAACGAACCCAGAGCAGUAUUUUAUGCAGCCUGUGUUGUACUAGGUUUGCAAUACCUUCACGAGAAUAAGAUUAUCUACAGGGACUUGAAAUUAGAUAACUUAUUAUUGGAUACAGAAGGUUAUGUAAAAAUAGCAGAUUUCGGAUUGUGCAAAGAAGGUAUGGGCUUCGGCGAUAGAACUGGUACAUUCUGUGGUACACCCGAAUUUUUAGCACCAGAAGUAUUGACAGAAACAUCAUACACUAGGGCCGUUGAUUGGUGGGGUUUGGGAGUAUUAAUAUUUGAGAUGUUGGUUGGAGAAUCGCCUUUCCCUGGUGAUGAUGAAGAGGAAGUUUUUGAUUCUAUAGUAAAUGAUGAAGUACGGUAUCCUAGGUUUCUGUCAUUGGAAGCAAUCGCUAUUAUGAGAAGAUUACUGCGUAAGAGUCCUGACAGGAGGUUAGGUUCAAGUGAAAGAGAUGCAGAAGAUGUAAAGAAACAGGCUUUCUUUAGGCAUAUUCAGUGGGAAGAACUUUUGCAUAGGAGAGUACCGCCACCUUUUGUUCCUACUGUACAUUCAAUGGAAGACGUGAGCAAUUUUGAUGAAGAAUUCACAUCUGAAAGGCCCCAGCUAACACCGCCAAAAGAACCUAGACAACUUUCAAAUCAAGAUCAAGUUCUUUUCAGAGAUUUUACUUACAUGGCAGAUUGGUGCUGACAAUAACAUUAGUAUUGAAAAUAAUUUUGUGCGAUUUUUUUAUAUUUACUGAAUCGAUUUGCUACGAAGUAUCUUUAUAUUAACCAGUUAUAUAUAUAUUUAUAUUAUAUUUUAACUAAAGACUCCGAAUAGUUAGUAGUAGUAAUUGUGUUAAAAACAUGUAUAUUUUAUAUAGUCCAGGCGCUGGUCGUAAUAUAAUAUAAAAAUUAAGGUAGAUGAAUUAAUGUUUUACAUUUUAAAGGGAAAAACUUGGUACCGGGUACAGUCAUGUCGGCUGUCAUUACGACAUGUUAUAUGUUUAACUUGUUUUCAUAUACUCUGGUAAUACUAACCAAAAAAAAUCAAUAUUAUAAUUAAAUUCGAGAAAAUGAUAUUUUGUACAAUUUGUGGACAUUAUAUCAAAUAUAAAUUGAUUGGUCAUUUCUGGAACUGUUUGUGAUAUUCACACUAUUUACUAUAAUUACACUACAUUAUCACUCAUAAUUAUCUGAAUGAUAAGAAAAUUUUUGUGACCAGAUGAUAAAAUCUCUGAAGAUAUUUUUGUUAUUGAAACGCGCAUUGUGAAAAGGUGUCUUCAGUAGAACUUAAAUUUGUAAAGAUUUUGAGUAUACAGGCCUGGAUUGUAAAUUUUAUGCAUUCAAUAAUAUUUUGAUAACACGGAGAUCUCGUUUUGAAGAGAUACAUCAUGUUUCAUUGUAAAAUUUCUGAAACAUUAUGAAAAAUAGUAGGGUCACAACUUAAAUCAAUACUUGUAUAUAUUCACAUAAUUAUUUAUGUUAAGGUAUGACAAAUACAGUUGACUCUCGGAAAAGUUGAAACUCAGGGCACCAGGAAAAAAUUCCAAAUUACCAAGAAUUUGAUCAAGUUUCAAGAUUUAUUCUUAUAAACAUUUGUACUAUUAAUCUCAAUGAAUUAGUAUAUAAUUUUUUGUUAGCGACCUUCUUCAGCCCUCGUUCAGUGAAUUUUCGAAUGUGGUGAGGGAUGUAAAGAAGUUGGUGCUUGCAUCUGUUGUUGAGGCGUAAAAGCGUGGGUUUUUCUCGUUGUGUGGUUGUUCCUAUUCGAUUUUUUCCUCUUCUCUUUAAUUCAGAGGGACCAAAUCGAACAGUUCGGUUUUAGUUGAGGCACUAUGAACACUGAUGUCAUCAUGAAACAUGAAAUGUCAAAUUUCAUGUCAACAUGAAAAAAGUCUAUAGUUUAAUCCAGAAUUCGCAAUUGUUGGUAUUUCUGAUUCUGUUUUACGUUUUUGGCUUAAAUAAAACAUCCCUUUAAAGAAAAUAUGAAUGGUGGUGGGGUUGACUAUUUUUCCCAGCCUUAUCAGUGACGUUUAUAGCAGUCAUAUCGGAAGUGUUUACCUUUUUAAUCCACAAGAGAUGCAAUUAAUUUUCAUUAGAAUGUUAUCAACAUUUUGAAUAAUGUCUAAAGCUUGCAAUUUUCAUUGUACCAAGGUCAGCCGAUUACUAAGUAAAUCUUUUAUCGUCACAUCAUUUUUGUGGGAUCCUUGCUUACAAUCCCCUGGUCCAACCUCUAUUUUUUCAAAUGGAAAGUAUAUACUCCUAAUAUAUCAAUUAAAUGGUUCAUUUUUUAUAGUUUUAAGAGUCUGUUUAUUCUCUAUUAAAAAUUUUUAGGUUACAAUAAAAUAAAAUCAUAUGAUUGAGGAAAUUCGCUACAGUACAGUCAAAAACUAAAAAAUAAUGCAAAAUGUGAAACACUAAAAAUAAUUAUGAAAAACCUUUUGAGGGUGUUCCUUCUGUUCUUCUCAUCCAUUGAGGAUUUUCUAUUGACGAUUAGUAUGAUUGUGUGUGCACUCAUCAGAAAACAUAAAGUCUUCUAAUUGGAUGAUAAUAUAAAAUGCUAUGCAACAUGCCCAUAACUCGCUCACAAAAGUAGGUUUUUAUCUCCAUAAGCUCCCUAGUAAGUUCCAUUGUAAUAGAAUGCAUUUUAUUUAUUAUGGCCAACAUUGAAUGUGUCUACUAGAUAUGAGAGUUUUUCUCGAAAUCAAGCAUCGCAUCUAAUUUGAUUUCAUAAUUCAGUGCAUUGAUAAUUUUUUUCUUUGGGAUAUAGCUUCUUUGGUCGUGAAGUUCGUGUGGAAAGAUAGGUACUCCAGUCUGUCUAAUUCGGCCACUGGUCCCAUAUUCCUCCAUAUCUUCGUACCGCAGCUCAAAGGGUCACAACCACACUUCUGUAAAUACUUCAUGAAACAAUAAUCACUAUCAGUGCUUCGGUAUUUCCUCUCUCUUUGAAAUGCAUCUACAACAUGACCGACACCUUGUUGUGAUGACUGCUCAAUUGAUUUGACUUUUACACAUCGUAAAUCAAGAAAUUAACGAUGACAACGAGCGAUUCCAAAAGCGAAAAGUAUUUCAAAUUAUCGAGAGGACCAAACAAUAUUGAUAUCAUUCAAUUUAUCGAGUAUUAUGCAUGAGAAAAUUAAAAAAAAAAUCAAAUAUUCCAGAAAUAAAAUUAACGAGCUUUGACUAAUCGAAAGUCAGCUAUUUUCAACAGCUCUUACAACAGCAUAAUAUAUGUAAUAUCUGGAUAAGGUUGUGCCACAUUCAACUAGAGUUUCAUUGAGGAAAUUAGUAUCAUAUGUGAAGACUUCCCUAAAACUAAUUUAUUGAUACUAUUUAGAUACACUGAUUCGUUUCAUGACUGUAAAAGUAUCUGCUCACACAGGGAAUUUUAAUAUUAAGUUUGUCUUGUGAGAAAAUUUUUUUUCGAUUUGAUAGAAAAUUUUAUACUUUAACAUUAAGCGAUGUCUUCGAUAGGUUCCCAUAAGAGUAUAACAAUUAAUAAUAAAAUAAAUUGACGUAUUGCAUCAUUUAUCUUGUUUUUCAUAUCUAUACAUUUGAUUCAUUUGUUUAAAAUAAUUUAAUGUGAAGUAUUGCAUUUAAUAUGAAGUUCAAGUAAAUUCAUAAAUGCUACUAGUCCUAAAAGUUUUAAGUUUUAUGGUUCAGAUUGUAACUCUAUUUAAAUAAUAGAUUAUUAAUUACAUCUCCAAUAUUAUCACAUUUUUUGAAUAGACAGUUACAGCUUGAUGGCAGCUUGGGGGAGGAUAUUUGCUAGUGCCUAAUGCCUUUGACCAGUUUAUUUAUAUUUCUCAGUUAUAUUAGUAUGAAAUUUUUACUGUUUUAUUUUUUCUAACUCCAUUUUUGAGUUGAUUUCAAUUUACUGGUACCCUGUGGAUCUGACUAUUAUUAUUAAUUUUUUUUGUGUAUACAUAUUUGUGCAGUUAUGUUCAUGACACGAUUUAGAUAUGUACAUGUAUGUUGUUAAUGUUCACUCCAUUUUAGUAACAAGCAAAAAGAGAAUUUAAAAACCGUUGUAGAUAAUAAAGUAAGGAUAAAAUCCUAUUUUUAUAUUGUCAAAGUGUAAAUGUUGUACACUCUAAAAAUAGUUACAUAAAAUCAAAUCAAAUUAAAGUAUAAAUUAAUUUUACGAUUUUAAUAUGACAUUGUUUCUAUUUUUUAAGAUCCUUUCAAUAUAUGGCAGCAAGAAAAUUUAUCUAUCGGCUCUUCAAUCAUUAACUAAUUCCUUAAAGGUUACACAUUAAAAAUGGCUGUUGCCUAUCUUAAAAACUUGAAAACAAUAAGUCAAUAAAUUCUUAGAUUACUUUAAACAUAUUACGAUAUUUUUUAGAUAAGGGUUUAUGAGCCCUUAUAUAUAAAAAGUUUGCGGUUUGAAACAACAAUUUAGGCUUCUGUAACGUUCCAAUUUUAUUAAAAAUUAUAUUACAAUCAUAAGGCGUAUGCUCUUCUCUAAAAUUCGUCUCUGCCAAACAAUGUCUAUGCAUACUUUCAAUAAGGACAUUAACAAAGUAGCUUUGAUCGAUUAUAUAUCCAAAAUCCAGUGCCUUGCAUUUGUAAAGUAUGUCUUGCUACCUUUACUUCAAUGUUGCAAAUCUUUUAGGUUCUUGUUAUAAUUAUAAUUUUUAUACUUUUCCAAUUCUGAGGCUUUUCAAUCAUUGACAGCUUUUUAAAUUAUUUUUUAUGAAAAAUAUUAGUAUGGGGUUUGUUUUUGUCCCAUAACUUAAAAAUAAUUAUGUAUUACUAUUGACAUUCGUCUUUUUGAAUACAGAAAACAGUAAAGUGUUUAUAAUUGACAUGAUUACUGAUAACUGAUCUUUCUCGUAUUGUACUAAUUUUGAGAAGCAUAAUUAUUGCCAAACAACUAGCGUAUUUCGAUUUUUUGUAGCGCUAGUAAUUUUUAAUUUCUUACAAUAUCAGAAGUAGGAAAUUUUAUUUGUUUAAAAAAAAAAUUAUGUAUAAAAUUGGUUGUGAAUUUUUGUAAUACUUUGUAAGACCUAAUAGUAUUUGAAAAUUUGACAGAACACAUCAUUACCAUCCGACAGUAUUCUUGCACACUCGAGUGUCAAAAAGGUUUUAUUCCUUUUGUAAAAAAUAAAAUAUAUUCUCUUAGUGUUAGAAAAUAUUCUAGUUCUAAAUUGGAAAACAAUCAAAAAGUUUGUGAAAAUAGAUCAUUUGAAAAAUGUAUUCAAACCGUUUUUCGAUACAAAAAAUGCAAAAGAUAUAAUCAAAUAGAGAUAAGAAAAUGGAUUUAGUUUUCCCGAAUAUUCCAUAAACUAUUAACAAAUAAGGAAUUCUUGUAGACAAAAGAAUAUUUAAAAAAAGUGCAAGUCGCUUGAAACUGUGUUUUCAUUUUUUAUAAUUAGACCUUUUUCAAUAAGCAAGGUUCCCAAUUGAUAAUUGAAUCCUAUUUCGACAACAAAGAUUAUUUUGUAGUUGAAAUAUCUUCAUGUUUGAUUUGAAAACAAAGAACAAAUAUGAAUAAUAAUCCUCUAGUACAUAUUAUGAAACAAGUAUACAACUGAUUUUUAAUAUGAAAAGUGAAAUAUUUUUAAAAAGAUCUGGAACCAGUUUCGCAUCAAAAGCAGAAGUACGAUAGCUUUCUCUACAACUGCAUCCAUUUUUUAGAGAAAAUAAAUUCUAAUACUCUGACAUAGUUAGAAUUGAUGAUUUGAUGUGAUUUAAUAAUGGAUUCUGUACUCAGUGGAUGUUCUGUAGGAAAUAGUCUCAAAUAUUUUUUCAAAGCUUAUCAAAUGCUUAUGCCUAUGACUCAGAUGUGGAAUAAAACAUAAAUUCCACAUCUGAGUCAAUUGAAAAAACAAAAGAUGAGAUAGAUUAUCAAUUUCUUUUGGUUCAACACAUUCGAAUUGCGUUUUUUUAAGAAAUUUUGGUCUUUUCUUAAGGUCACUUAAACAGAUUAAGAAAUUUUGUCGUUUACUUUAAUUGAAUAUUGUUAAGUGAAACUGAUGGACACUGGUCUUUUCUCAAGGUCACUUAUACAGAUUUCGAUGCGUUCAUUUUAAUUCUCCACUUUCUGGACGUCAUUUAGUUGUGUCUGCAGAAUGCUGUUACUUUUAAUGAACUACAAGAAUAAUAGUAUCAAUGAUGGUUUCAUUAUUAUGUGGUAGGUCUGCUGUAUGUAACACGUACAAUAACGGCUCAAGAACGCAGCCUUGAAUGAAGGACGCCAGAUUUUAUUUUAAAAUUAUUGGAAACAAUUUUUUUUCACUCUUCUUCGAAUCUCUCUGAAGCUCAGAUAUGAUUUUAAUAAUUCUAGGGAGGUAAUGUGAGAUAUUUCUUGUUUUUGAAAACCAGUGUUGUGUGUAUUGUGUGUCAAACUUUAUCAAAGGGUUGGCUAACAUCCAAGAAGCAGCGAUGUUCCAUUUAUUGUUACAAAUUAAUCAAUACUAUUGUUCUAUUUUUAUUUCUUCCACACUGAAUACACAUUUCUCUCGUUUUAUUAGUUUUAACUCUUCAUUGAGUCUAAAUGGACGAAUAAACUAAUGUAUGUUUUAAAAUAAAAUUAGGAAUAAUAGAUGUGGCUUCAUUAGAUUGGAAAGAUACAUUUUAAAAUUUUUUAUUUGACUUUAACCAAAUGCACGGGUUGCUUUAUGAUUACUAUUUGAAUUUAUAUCAGCAGUAUUUAGUAAUUGGUGACAAAUUACUAAAAGUCAGCGGUUUGUACGUUUUCAUACCGUGUAUUUACCGCAUUUGAUCGACGGUAUUCACUCCUCCCUCCGUGGAUUAAUAGAAUACAACGAUUUCCGGGUGAGAAUUAUAUUCAGAUGCCUUGUGCAAAGUAAAAUUUACUGCAUUGGUUUUUUUGCAGAAUAAGAUACCAAUAUUGGUCUUGUCAGUGAAUGCAAACAUAUAUAAGUUUAUGAGUCUUCUUUUAUUUGGUAAUAAAUCGGAGAGAAUUUCCUUCUCAAUCUGUCUGAGUGUUCCUACAAACGUGAGAUGUCGAAGCUAGUGAAUAAUUAGUGUACCAAUUGUCAGUUGUUGAAUUUCUGUUUUUAUGUUUAAUCGGCUCUGAUAAUUGAAGAGCAAUAUCUGUGUAAGAAUUUAAUAAUUCAUUUCUUCCUGCAGGUUACUUGCAACAGUAAACUUCAAAAUUGGAAACCUUAAACAUUUUGAUAUCUUUAUACUAUAUUUUGCCGGUGUGUUUGGGAUGUACUGCAAGGAGCCAGCAUCUCGUCAAUUGUCGUGUUCUUAAUCAAAUAUAUCCAAAAUGUCUCUCUACCCACUAUACCUAAAAUUACCAAAUAAAUCAAUUGCAUUUGUUCCAAAUAAUAGUUAAUUCACAAAAAAGUCAUGAACACAAAAGAACUUUCACUAGAUCAUUUUGGUCUCGCCUUACGUAGCGAAUAGACUCGCGGAGUUUAUAUUUUGAAGGUAUGAUUCAGGAUCUUUAUCCGCCAAUUCUUUUAACAAUGAGUCUAAAGUUCCGAACGAUGAAAUCAUUUCCUCGACGCGCAAGUUCGUUUGACAACAUAACCUAUAAUUGCGAAAUUGUUUAAUAUUGAUAAUUUCUGGGUUCUCGUUGAUUUAGAUGAAUAAAAUUUAUUUUUUGUUUUAUAAAUCUAGAUGAAACGAUAAAUAAUUUCAUUAAUACUGGUACACUUAUAAUUAAUAUGAUAAUUUUAAGAUACUAACCUUUAUACUAGAAGCAAAAGCAAUUAUUAUAUAUAUUUUAUUCAAUUAUAAUAAAUAACGCUGAUACAUUUGAAUUGUUUUUAAUUUGGAACAACUAAAGAUCUAAUGGUAUUUUAUACCUCAGAUAUUUCCUAUUAUAAGUAUCUAUGAGUAGUUUUAGUAACAUAAAUUUAUUCAAAUUACUAUUGAAAAUGCUAAAGUACAACGUUUAACUCUAAAACAAUAUAAUUUAAUAUUGUUUCUAUUAUUUAAUAAAAUGUAACCCUAAAUGUAAUAAUUGUUAUUAUUUCCAAUAUUUUUUGGUCAGAUGAUUAUGUAUCUAUUUCUUCUAAUUAGUUAUCUUAGGCAAUUUUUGGUAUUUUUCACAUUUUUAAUUUUGAUCUCUUGUUGAAAUCAUCACAAAUAUUUCUUCACAUUUUUAAUUAGUUUUUUAAACAACCAAUCAUUUUUGAGUAAUGUAAGAAGCACAUUCGAAAAGUAAGAUCUACUUUAAUCAUUGAUAUUUUACAAUCAAUUAUAGUAAAAUUUUUUAAAAAAAUAUAAAAUAGACAAAUGUACCCUUACAUUUUAAGUUACUCAAAUGGCAAAAUGUUUUUAAGGAUUUUACGAUUCAUAUGUAUUCAUAUAUUCAUAUCGUAGGACAUUUUUAUAUGAGUAUGUGUACACAAUAUUUAAGUUAGUGGCUUAUGACAAACUUCUUCAAUAUUAAUAUCAACAAAAAAUAUUUUAAUUCUUUGAUUGCUUUACAGUAAGACGCCGCUUAACGCGUGGUAUACGUUCCAUCAAAGUAGAGGCUAUGUAAAUAAUGAGGUUUGGGGAAGACGGACAGAAAAUAAUAACAAAUAAAAUUCUAAGUCAAUCAGAUCAUUCAGUCUAUUCUGUGUUUCCAAUUUUCUGCCUUUUCUUUCUCGCCGGAUCCUUGAUAUUACAAAUGUCAUGUACUUCUUCUCAACUUAAAACCAAUCUAAAAUAUAGGAAUAAUACGAGGGUCUUUUUUUUUCAAUCUCCGAUCGCUCUGUGCAGUCGCUACGCGGGUAGAACUAAGCCAGGAUGCGUUGUAGGCGACUGCGAAGCUCUCGCACUACACAUUAAUAUUCAGGCGUCUGUCGCUAUAGCCAAGUAAACAUGUCCGCCAUUAUUGAUGCUUCCGCCAAGGGUGAAGUUGAGAAGUAUGAUUCGUUUUCUACAGGCUGAAGGCCCAUUCACCAUUACUGAUUUGUCUACGGAAUUUCCAGAAGUUUCAAGGUCUGUUUUGUACUCUAUUGUUACUGAACGGCUAGGCUACAUUGGUAGCAACUUUCUUUCAAGAGGGAAUUGAAAAGCUUGUCCACAGAUAUAACAAAUGUCUAAAUCUCUUCGGCGAUUAUGUCAAAAAGUAACCGUAAGUGUACCAAUCUUUUGGUAAUAAAAUUAUUGUUUUAUAUGAACUUGUCUUCUAUUCAUAGCCUAUCGGAGGUUGAAAAAAAAACGGCCCUCAUAUGUUCAUCAGAUUUCAUUCACAGCUUACUCCCAAAUAUAUUUUACAAUAACUAUAAACAACGUGUGCUACUUAUGCCUAGUGUUGAUGGCGAACAGGACAGUCAAAAUAUGUUACGUUCACUUUACAGAGAACAUCAGAUGUCUUUAAUUCGGAUUAUAAAUUUAAAAUUUCAAUAAACCGAUCACAUAUAACAUUUAAGUUUUCCUAGACUUGUACGAAACACCUGAUUGUUUAUCACCCGAGCGUCAUCUAAAGACACGUAAAUACUCUACUCUGAUCCCGCGGUAUUUUUGAAUGAAUUGAAAUUAAUUAAAAUUCAUAAAACAAUCCCAAAAUAAGUAUUAUAACUAUAACAAUGUCAAAGCAAACUUCAUACCGAUUUGUAUUCUUUUUUGUGCAUGAUCAACUGAAAAAUAAAAUGAACUUAGGACAAAUAACGAAAAUAUUUUUGUAGAUUUAUAUCAUCUAUUUAUUUUUUUAAAAUAAUAAGAUAAUUUUUAAGGUUGGUUAUGUUGAAGUAAGACUUUAUAUUAUGGUUGUUUUGAUAUAGGAAAAGGCCAUAAACUACGCUCAGUACUAUUUGUAACUUCCUUAGCGACCAGAUCUGCCUCUUCAUUUAAUUUAAUUCCAACAUAUGAGAAAAUUUUCCACCAAACUUUUUUUAUGUUGGCUUGUAUAUGUUGUAUUUUUUGCUUAAUUUUAACUACCAAUUGAUUCGAGGUGUAAAUUGUUUGGAUAGUUUGUAUUAAGCUAAAAGAAUCUGUGAGUAUAAGGUAAUUAGAUUUAUUAUAGUUCAGCAGAAAAGGCAUAUGAGGUUGAAGAAUCUCUAAACAAAUAUUUAUUGGCUCAUCUGUUAAGAGUAAAGAAAAACGAAUAAGUAGAGAAACAGCUGUAAAAGAAAAAUAUAGUGAGAUACACAAAAACUCAACUCAAAGAAUAACGCUAUGGACUUCAUUGUGGCCAAGGAGGAAAGGCAAGCCGAGAAAGACUUGGGAAAAUGAAAUAGAGGAGGACAUAAGAGCACUUAAUAUAGAGAACUGGAGGCUAAACUUCCAAAACCGAAACAAAUGGAAAAUAAUAACAAAAGCAACUAAGACAAAUUAUAAAGAAAAUAAAAAUAGAAAACGAGGAGUAAACCACUUCAGAAAAAUAUUUUAAAGCGUUAUAAACAAUUGCCAUAAUCCAAAGAAUUAAAAGGCUUGAUGAUAAUGUUAAUAGCGACAUAUGUACAGUCUUGAUCAUUGGAUUCAUGGCUGUUAAUAUUUCCAAAAUUUUAACCAUGUCAACCACAUUUUAAUAUUUUGAUAGUUGUAAAUUGUAUUAUUUAUCUUCGUAUAUUGUUCUGCCAAGCGAUAACAUCUUUCUUAACAAAGUUCGAGCUACUGAUUAUCCUAAAAAAUUAAUUCAAUCGCUAAAAUAACGUCGUGAUGAAUCAGUAAAUGACAAUUUUGUUAUAAGAGGACAAACUUAGAUUAUAUAAGCUAAUGGUUCUUACUUUUCGAAUAUACUACUUGAUUAUAUAUGAUGAUCAAAUUAACGUUCUUAUGCAUUUGCUUCAUUGAUUUUAUUUGUUGUUUCAGUGAUUGAAGAGUAUUCUUUGAUCAUUUAUGACAAAGUGGACAAAUUUUCAUUUUACCUAUUUUAAUAAUCAUGAGACUAAUUAACUUUCACAUGAAAAUUUAAAAAUGCCAUUUCAAUUAGCAAUUAUAUACAUUAUUAAUUACGUUUAUUGUUUUCAGUUGCAAGUGUGUACAAUUUAUAUAAUUCUUUUGAUACUAUGUUUCAUGAUGUUAUAUCAGUAGUUGUAAGAGGUGGAAUUGAUGAAUUGAAACUAAUUGAAUAACAAUAUUUAUUUUUGCAUAUCAUAUUUAAUUUUUAUAUAGAUAUAUGUAAAUAAAUACAUAUGUGAAGUUUAAA